CACAUCUACAACCAUAAUAUUUUUCGCUGGAUCUUAUCUGUUGCCUUCGCAGUAGAAGAGCCGAGUCGCUUGGUAGGGUGCCAGUCACAGCAGCAGCAUUAAGUACCGAAUCGAGUUUUGGCUAUAGAACCAAUCCCCAGAGCAAAUCAAGACCAGCCGUGAUGCCUUUUAAAAGUACCUUCUCAGCAUUCAAGUCCCAACUCAAGGACCUUCAUCAAGAGGGCCAAAGACUGUUCAAUGAACACUCUCAAAAACAGCAACAGCCACCUCCCCAGAACCAACUGCAACAUUCGCAGUCAUACUAUCCUGGUCAGGGUGCCCGCCAGGCGCAGAAUUUCUACCCUGGACAGCAACCUCAGCCUUACUAUCAAGAAGGCCAACAAUAUCAACAACAAGUACCACCACCGGUGCCUCAAAGCACCCGUCCCACUGUUCCAGGGCAGCCGCCAUCCUCACCCGCAGUCUAUUGGCAGCCCCGAUUCGACCCUUCGACGCCAGUCAGUGUUGAAUGGGAGCAUAAACUGGGAAACAACAAUGGCUGGGGCAAUAACGAGAAGCAGCACUACACCGCUGAUAAUGCCAAUUCGUUCUACACCCCAAACCAUCUUCUGGUCCUCCGUGCCAUCUCUCAACCGGCCAACCCCGACCCUUCCAAGAAAUACACCUCGGCUCGACUUGUUUCACGACAACGCCUGGCCCGCCCGCGAGGCAGUCUGAUUGCAACUUUGACACUGCCUUGCGCGAGUGGAAUAUGGCCGGCUUUCUGGCUGCUUCCGUUCGAGCCGUUCACCUGGCCCACGGACGGCGAAGUAGAUAUCGCCGAGACGUGGAAUGGCGAUGGAGUCAAUCAUUCGUGUCUACACUGGGGCUUUUAUACGCCACAGGACAAGGACAAGCACCGCGUCGUCCCGACAUUCGUGCAGGGCAUGCAGCAGGGACGGCCUGUACGUUUUGAAUUUGCGUGGCAACAGGACGAGUCAACUGGUCAAGGUAGACUGUUGUGGUGGAUAGAUGGCCGUGCCGUUAUGAAGGCCCCUAUUCCUCAGGGGACAAGACGCGUGGCUGAUUUUGUGGUCUUGUUGAACAUCGCCAUGGGUGGAAAUGUAUGUCAAGGCCAAGAACCACGUGAGGGCACCUACGAUCUCGUCGUGCAUGAAAUGAAAAUGCAAGAAGAGCCGGAAAUGGGUGGCUGGGCCAGAUUCGACGGUGACUGGAGCUGGGUCCGAGAGGGCGAUACGAUGUGACCUCCGAUCGUGGAAAGAUGGAACAAACAGGGUGAAGCCGUGGUUGGUUUGCGAACCUGCUUACCCUCUGCUUAUAGAACGCAAAUGAAUGAAUGAACGAUUGAAUGAUGAAGUGUGAUGGUACAGUGAUGGAACUUGUCAGUCCAGUUAGACUGAACCCUAAGCAUGACAUGAGCGAGACCACCUGAGCUUGUUCACAUGUCCAACAUUGCCAUCAGCCAUAGGGUCCUGUUUCUAGGUAGGUACGUCGUUGGCUUCUACCGCCUGUCGAACGACUGCCGGUUUCGCCUACGACGUUACAGCCUCUUACAAUUCAACCAAGUCCAAUGUAUCAUUCACGACGUCCAGAAGCAGGCGUCACAGAAUAUGAGCACCCUCGCCAGAAUGAAUCGGCCAAUUCUUCGACGUGUUAGUGUGGGAACCGCAUUGCCGGAUAUAC